GCUGCCUGAGGACCGUGUAGACGCUCCGCUACAGGCGCGGGGAAGAGGUUAGGCUGGCCGGGCACGAAAGGACGAGACUUCAAUUCCCGGAGGGAAGACCAACCAGGUGGACCCCUAACCUCCCGGAAGUGACGAUCCAGGGGUGAGCGGCGCCGCAGCCAGGCCUUCCCGAGCUGGGCCUGGCCGAGAGGGCCGCGCGCAGCAUGGCGGAAGCGGAAGGGAGUUCUCCGCUCCUGUCGCAGCCGCCGCCGCCCCCUCCUCGGAUGGCGGAAGUAGAAGCGCCGACGGCGGCCGAGACGGACAUGAAGCAGUACCACGGGUCCGGUGUCGUCGCCAUGGACGUGGAGCGGAGCCGCUUCCCCUACUGCGUGGUAUGGACUCCCAUCCCGGUGCUCACGUGGUUUUUCCCCAUCAUCGGCCACAUGGGCAUCUGCACGUCCACGGGGGUCAUUCGGGACUUCGCUGGCCCCUAUUUUGUUUCGGAAGACAACAUGGCCUUUGGAAAGCCUGCCAAGUUCUGGAAAUUGGACCCCGCCCAGGUAUACGCCAGUGGCCCCAAUGCGUGGGACACAGCUGUGCACGAUGCCUCUGAGGAGUACAAGCACCGGAUGCACAAUCUCUGCUGUGACAACUGCCACUCUCACGUGGCCUUGGCCCUGAACCUGAUGCGGUACAAUAACAGUACCAACUGGAACAUGGUGACGCUCUGCUUCUUCUGCCUGAUCUAUGGGAAGUACGUCAGUGUUGGCGCCUUCGUGAAGACCUGGCUGCCCUUUGUCCUUCUCCUGGGCAUCAUCCUGACCGUCAGUCUCAUCUUCAACCUGCGUGAGGACACGGUGGGCAAAGCUGGAUUUGAAGCUGCUUCUGGCUGGUUGUCAUGUCCCGAAGUGGGGUGUGGUGUUCUGAGAAGUGCUGUGAGCCAAGAGACUUGGAACCUUCCUUCUCUGCUGGCCUAGAACGGACUCGAAGGGCUGGCUAGGCUCUUCGCAUGUCUCUAGAGCCAUCUAGCAUAGUGUAUACCCCAUCGCCCCUCAUCUGGGCCCUGGCUAGCAAGGUGAAUGGCCUUAUGUGCAGAGUGGGUCCCCUGUAAAUCAGGUAAGGUGAAUCCCACUUGUUUCCAGCCCAGGGAUAGAACCCCUUAUGUCCACAGUGUGAGUAACCCCAGAGCAGCUGGUGUACCGUGGAUCAGCUGGCUCUACUUCCGGUUGCUGCAGUGGGCCCUGCGCAGCCUGCCUCCCCCCCUGCUCCUUUAUAAGGGGCUCCCUGGCAGGAAAUAAAGUUUCAAGUCCA